GGUUCAAAAAUUAUGAUUUGGCAACAUCUAGGGAAACGUCAUUCUAUUUAUUUAUUUUUUUGGAAAAAAUUGCGUUGUAAUCUGUAUUUGCCACUUAGUGCCAUUGAAAUUUUUAAAUGUAACUUGAGAUUUUUGGAACAAGUGCUCCACCCACUUUUUUGUUCCUAAUAUUCUUUCUUUCUUGUGGCACUGACUCAUCCAUUCACUUCAUUUUUUGUACUGAAACUGGGAAUUUAAGUGUUAUGCAAUCAUAUUCAUACUGUCAUAGUGUCACAAUGAUUGGAUAAAAAUACCCUUCUAAGUGAUGAAAGCUAUGUAUUGUAAAAUUUUCCAAAUGCCAUUACAUGAUCUUAGUAAUCUGGCUAAAAGCCUAAGCCUGAAAAUACACUGUCAUCCAAAAGAUUGCUCAGUUUAUUGAACACUUAUGGUUUCAAUUGGUAUUCCUGUUAUUGGACAAAAUGGCAAGAAAUACAGAAAGUUCCACAUACCCACCAUCUAUAGGCUUAGUUUAUGUUUUUAAUUUGAUUGUGGGAACUGGUGCUCUAACUUUGCCAGCUGCUUUUGCAAAUGCAGGAUGGAUUGUCAGUCUUUCUGUUAUUCUUGCUUUAUCAGCCAUCAGUUAUAUUACUCUAACUUUCGUGGUGGAAUCUAUGGCCGCUGCAAAUGCCAUUUUGCGUAGUAAGCGGGCAAAACAGUUAAUUAAAAAAGAAAGUAUAGAACACUCGAGUUACCCUCAAGAUGAUUCAGACUCGGAUGAGUCUGAAUCUCCUGCUAAAAGUCUGUUAGAACGAGUUAAAGUACGAAAGACGCGGUCUUUAUGUAGCAGCCCUAAUUUAUAUUCCUCAGUCAUACAAUCUGAAGAUUACGAUCAUCCAACAACUUCAUCUGUUAUCAACGAAAAUUCGGAUUUUAUUGUGCUUCCGCAUGAUAAUGAUUUGGAAGAGUGUGACAUUCAAGAAACCAUUGAAAUGGGUAAAUUAGCUCACUUGUUCUUCAACAGAGGUGGCACCAUAUUAUUCUUCAUUUGCAUCACCAUUUAUCUAUACGGUGACUUGGCUAUUUACGGAGCAGCAGUUGGCAAAUCUCUGCGUGACACUGCGUGUACUUACUUCCCAGUUGAUGUACCCUGCAACGAGACACUUAACGGCACUGUGGCUUGUUGGGAAGGAUCUGAUCUCACUCGCGAUAAUGCAUAUAGGCUUUUCUUAAGUAUUUUUGUGCUCCUGAUUGGGGCAUUUGGGUUUUUCAAUGUUCAAAAAACGUUGCUCCUCCAGAUUUUGACUGGGCUGGUUCGCUGGACUGCGUUUAUUGCAAUGAUCAUAUUGGCUUGUGUACGAUUGCUCAGCUCACCAAAAGAGAAUCAGGGCCAUCCUCCUGUAGCUAAUGUAAAUGGUCUGCCUAACCUCUUCGGCGCCUGCGUCUACUCGUUUAUGUGCCAUCAUUCGUUACCUUCUUUGGUAACACCCAUCUCUCCAAAACGCGGCCUUUACAAACUUUUAGCCUUAGAUUACUUCAUGAUCGCUGGAUUUUACCUCUUGCUUGGUUUCACGGGUAUGUUUGCAUUCCCUCAUUUGGAAGACCUCUAUACCCUCAACUUUGUUCCUAAUCGAUGUCCGUCUGAUCCCGCGAGCAAUUUUACCGCUAGUAUUCUUGACGCUGUGAUGCCUAAAGAGGCAGUCACUGCAGCCCAACAGGCUCUCUUUUACUUUCUGACGCUGUUUCCAGUAUUCACGCUCAGCACGUCCUUCCCUAUUAUUACAAUCACACUGCGCAAUAAUUUAAAGCAACUAUUCUUGCGCCGAAACGAAGCCGAUUACAAUUUUUUUGUUCGUCGUUUGCUUUUUCCUCUCUUGGCUCUAAUUCCUCCAACUGUAUUAGCGAUUAUCACCAGUGAUAUUUCAUUCCUGGUAGGAAUCACGGGCUCAUACGCUGGUGCGGCAGUGCAGUAUAUUAUACCCGCAUUGUUGGUUUUCUACGCUCGAAAAGCGAUAAAGAAAGAAUUCCUUUUAGAACCAGUACGUAACGCAUUCGCUUCACCUUUUAGACAUACUUGUUUUGUGUUGUUCGUCCUGCUUUGGUCCUGUGCCAGCAUUGGUUUUGUCACCUAUAACCACUUGAUGGCUGACAAAUAGUCGUAUGUUCUCUUUUUUUAUCUAUUCCAAAGUGCACUUCUCUUCCUGACUUGAUUGGGACUAGUACUGACGCAAGGACUACUAACGACUAAGUCUCAUGUCAUACUAACAUUAGUUCUUUCAGUGUUAUAAUGUUGUCAUUUGUCAUGUAUGCGUGAUUGUGUUUAGUUGCUCAAGUGCAACCCAAUUAUUCUGAAAUGAAUAAAAUGCAAAGAUUUUUUUCCAA